AUGGAUGACUUCUCUGUAAACAUAAGAUUCUCUGCCUUCAAGAAGCUUGCAACGCUAGCUGUUCAAACCCCUGCAAACGGUGACGACUCAGAUGUUACGCGUCUAUCUCGACAUUAUCGGCAGUCGACACCCUCGAAUGGCUUAAAUGCGAUUUUGCAAACUCAAGCCCCUACGUCAAGGGUGGCUAUGGGCAUUCGGGAGUUAGAUGUUCUUGUUGCAUUAUGCAAAGCAUCUUCUUCAGUCAGUAAGAUCGAACAUGCUUCAAAAUUGCUUUCACAGUUGUCCCAGUGUCUCCCUGAGUCCCACAGCCAGCUUUUUCGUCCGUCGCCCUUUCUGCAAAAUGUCACGCCAUCCCCUUGGGAGAUCCUUACCUAUAAUAUUACUUUUGCGCUCCUUUCGCUUGGCUUGAAAUAUCCAGUGCUACGUGAGAAGGUCGUCGGUGCCAUCAAUGAAUAUUUAUGCAAUUGUUCAGAUGCUGUAAGCGUUGCGGUGCCCUUUUCCGGAUACAAACCUGGCAUGGAUAAACAUAGCGUCAUUCAUGAAUCUGUUCGGGUACUUUCGAUCACUGUCUCUCUUGUUGGUUUUUUGGAAGCCUCGGCAAUGUUUCCCUCGUUCUGGCCGGCUACUGAGCAACAACGCAUACUCGAGCAAGUGCGAUCGAUCUUAUCCGAAGGUUUCAUGGUUGCAGUUGAGACUGCCUCCUCUACAGUACGUAGCGCGGUAACACCAGACUACGGACUCAGAGAUUGGAGGAGAUAUGCUCGCCGCUAUGCAGCUGACGGCCGCCCUCUAGGGGCUAUGCUCCUACAGGAAGCAUUUAUGCGGUUUGUCAAAGUGUGUGCCACGUCCCUUGUUGGUGCACAGAACUUCACAGAUGAUGAGCUUCUGGAUGAUUACAUGAAUGGAGUUGGCAUUGCUAGGAGUCAUGAUGAAGCUGAAAUAACCCUUGUUAAUUGUAUAACAGAAAUUAUUGCUGACCAAAUCCAACUCUUGGAGGACGGUUCCGAUUAUUUGCAGCUUGGCUCCCCUUUGCAGCAAAAGCUUAAUUUUUCUGUAAAGGCAUAUGCUUUAAUUGGCUAUCUUCAAUGUGUUACCUUGAGUGGUAGUGCGGCAAAUAGCGAGGACUUUCUUGGUUGGCUGGAGGAUACAUUGAUGGACCAGAAUCAAAUGUCGUGUCUGAAACUGGCAACAGCUACUCUGAAGAGCAUAGCAAUUGUUGCGAGGAUGUCUCUAAACGGUGCCUCCUCCGGAAGUCGCUCUCUCUUAAGAUAUAUUAUAGAAGGUGGUUUGCCAACCCGACCUUCUAGCUCCAUUGCUGCAAGGUGCCUUGCCCAGGUCCUAGGUGUCCUCUCACAGGACGCUAUUAUUACCACAUUAUAUUCUCUAGGCAAUGUUUUGAGUCCCGGAUCGGGUAGCGAGAACAUAUACAACAGCCAGCUUGUGGCAGAGUCUUUUGGACAUGGAAAUGUUGUUGCUACUUUCUCACAAAGGAGAAAUGAUAGUGUAACGUCCCUUUCAGUGGACAGCGAGGAGGGCAAUGUUCCCUACAGGAGCGUUAUACAGGCCAUUGUCACAAUUGCGACCAAUAGCCAUGAUGAAAAGAUAAGUGCCUUGGCGCAGUCUAUGCUGCUACAAAAGAUAGGCAAGGUUGGCGUUGCAGUUGACGCGUAUAUCAUCAAGGAGACUGCUGCAUUAUCUUUAAGCACUGGGCAGACCGAAUUCCAGCUUUUGCUCAAGUUCUAUGACCGUAUCUACUGGGAUGGAAUUAUCAAUGGGCAUAGCAAUAUUACAAAUGCGGUACAAAGUGCUAUGACAUAUCUUUCUGUCACUCUGACAAGGGAUUCUCCGCUCCACAGAACAUACCUGGUCCAUUUACUGGAAAGCAUUGUCAAUAAAGGUGACGCUACUGAUUUUGAUUCUGAACGGCAAAAAGAUAUGGUUUUUGCACCUAAUGACAUCGUACCUUUGCUUAAACCGUUGGCAUUACUUGUUUCUUCUGAGAGACCAACCGCUGAAGGCUGUGAAGGGGUUGCUGGUUAUGAUCAAGUACUGUCCUUGCUAUUCCGCGACGCUUGGUUCAACCUUGCUGUUCAUGGGAUAUCUUUCAGCUCAGACGUUGCUCAAAAGUACCACAAGGAGCUGUGUUCACUUGCAACUCACUCACCACCACUUGUCUCUGAAGAUCGUAUGGAGAUGCUGGAAAGCGAUGUUGAGCUCAAUACAAUCCUUAGACGGGGAAUGGGUGCACAACGGCUUAUAGAGCAAAAGAAGAUGCUGAUUGCAGAAAUACCUAUUCGCGAAUCUGAAAUCAAACGCCUCAAUUAUCCCAAAGCAGUUUUUCUCAACGCUGCCUUAUUAGUUGAGUGUCUUCGUGUAUCAUCUGGGAACUGCACGAAAAUUCUCAAUUAUUUCCGUGACCCGGCCCUAGCCACUGCUGAAAUGGCUGGCUGCAUGAGUGCGAUUGCAGAAAAGAUUGUCUCCGAUUAUCUUUCCCUGACUCUAUCUGGAAAGCGUGAGCUAUUUUCUGUUCCGUUCCUGUCAAAGGAACUGGCAUCUUUCUUUGUGGCAUGUUGCCAUCGCAUAGAGAGGGUGCAGAAUGUUGCAGUGCUUUGUGCAAACAAAAUUAUAAAAGAGUGUCCGUCAGCCUUGUGCGCAAAGCACUCCCUUUUUGCUUUACUUGAACUCCUAACUGUCAUGUGGAGUUCUUGCCUCGAAGAAGAACUGGAUGAAUUUGAGUGGAAAUCCUCUUUUACCUCCCCUAUGGCAAUUGCCAAGGUGGACCUGCCUGACAAUUACAGUUUUAGAAAGAAAACGUUGGAUAACUUGCUUGAACGAGCUACAGCAUGGGUAACAACGGUGAUGAACAUUGCACCCUUAGAUAUUAAAGGUCUACUUCAGACAUAUUUGUCUAUGCCUGAUGACAAUAUCGGUUUCGGUCAUGUUUCUGUAGGCCGUUCGUUUGCUCUUGAAAUGGGCGCAUUUAUCCCUAAAAGUGACCAUCGACUGGUUUAA